AUGUCAUCCUCAAAUCCACAAAGAAAUCCGGUGGUAGAUACUCCAGAACAGAUAGAAAGGCGAAGAAUAGUAGAGCAGUUUUUAUUAUUUCAAGAAUCGUUACCGAAGGUCAAUGCUCUUUCAUACCAAUGGCUACUCAAUGAAAUGGUGCCUAUGUCAAUGGCAGUUGAGAAUAAUUUAAGCCAGUUAGAUGAAAAUUCCAGCGUAAGUUCGCAGUCUGUUGAACCAACAUCUGACGAAAUAAAUGAAGAAAUACACAAACUAUCCUUGAAUAAACUGGAAUAUGUACCUUCUCACAAACUAAUCGCCCAACUUUGCCAUGCCAGUGAUGAAGUAAAGGAAAAAGUUACCGAGAGAUUAUACAAGAUUGGAAGCGGCAUAGGCAGUAAGAUGACAGAAUUACUAAUUUUCAGCAAUAACCCGAAUCUUUCAUUUAACUCGAUGGACACGUUAGGAAUGGUUAGAUUCAUAUGCAAGGAAGUCUGGAAACUGCUGUAUGGGAAACAGAUAGAUAAUUUGAAGACGAAUCACCGCGGAGUGUUCUAUCUUUUCGAUUAUGAAUUCCAACCGAUUCAAAAUUUUGCAUUGGACGAUGAUGAAGAAAAAUUAUUGAGUACCGUGUCGCCAUAUAUACAGGUGCCGCUAGGAGUUAUCUCAGGAAUCCUCACUUCUCUUGGGGUGCCAGAAGAUGAUAUCUUGGUAUCAUUCACCUAUGUCGAUAUUCCUGAAGACAAAAAGAAGCCUGUUGGCCAAUUUCCAAAGGGUCUUAACUUUAACAUUCAAGUAAAUCAGUUCCAGAAUAAUCAGGAUUGA